UAGAAGCAACCGGAAGAAUAGAUUUGACAACGAUCGUGUUAUGUGUAUCAUUCUGUUUAGUUCUCUUGAUUCAUCAAAUUACUCUUUCCUCGCUCACUAAAAAGUCUUCUUCUCCUUCUUCAUCGUCAUCUACAUUACCAAAUUCAACAACUACUCAAGUCAUACCCUCGGAAUUAAACACGGUAGAAAGGAAGAUUGCACCGCAACAACGCCAACCUUCAGAAGCAGCAUUACCAGUAUUGCAAGUCAUAAGCUGCGACCGAACUCACAAACGGUAUGACAUAUGCUCGCUCAAUGGUCCAACAAUCAUGGACCCAACAAAUUCGAUUUUUCACGUGUUGGAUCCAACCUCAACCACCUCAUCAUCGACAGUGUCACAAAAAAUUCGUCCAUACCCAAGAAAAUGGGAAACUAACCUUAUGAAUUCUCGUAUAAAAGAGCUCAGUCUCCUUGCUACUUCAUCUCAGUUGGAAGACGUUCAUUGCGAUAUCCACCACCGAAACCCCGCUCUUGUAUUCAGUUCAGGAGGUUACACAGGAAAUCCGUACCAUGAUUUCGAUGACGGAUUCAUUCCCCUCUUCAUCACUCUUCGAACGGCUUACCCUUCUAGUGAAGAUCAACCUAUUCUUGUCAUCUCGAAAUGCGAAGACUGGAGGCUCGACAAGUAUUCAGAACUACUUAAGAUCUUUUCUCCUUGCCCAAUUAUCAAUCUUGAUCACGAAACUUCAACUCAUUGUUUUCCAUCUGCAACUGUCGGCUUAAUAUCUCACGGUUUCAUGACCAUUGAUCCCACAUUGUUACCCAACUCUGAAACGUUACGUGAUUUCCGAGCCUUACUUGAAAGUGCAUAUGCCAAAACAGGUCUUCAAACUAAUCCAACUAUCUCAGCAUUGUCAGCUUCAACACCAACACCCCGACCUCGUUUGUUAGUUGUGAGUCGUGCCGGUGAAAAUGUUGGCCGGGUCAUGUCGAACCAAGCUGAAGUAGUAUUAUUAGCAAAGGAAAUUGGUUUUGAUGUGACGAUUUUCGAGCCAACCAAAUUUACUUCUGUAACUGAAACUUACAGGUUGCUUAAUAGUGCUCAUACAGUGGUGGGUGUUCAUGGAGCUGCAAUGACAAAUUUACUGUUUCUUCGGCCAGGGUCAGUUUUUAUGCAGGUUGUGCCGAUUGGUACAGAUUGGGCUGCAGAAGUUUGUUAUGGAAAGCCUGCAAAAGAAAUUGGAUUAGAUUACAUGGAGUACAAGAUUAAAGUGAAUGAAAGUACCUUGGUAGACAAAUAUGGUAAAGACAGUAUGGUGGUGAAAGAUCCAAAGUCGGUGUCUAAAAAAGAUUGGAGCAUUAUCAAGAAAAUAUAUUUCAUAGAACAAAAUGUUAGGGUCAACUUAGUCAGAUUUGAGAAGCAUUUGAGGAAAGCUUAUAAGAAAGCUAAGAAGUUCAUGGAUAAUAUGGGAUACAACUGAUCGUCAACUCAAGAAACAUAAACAUCAAUCGAAAUG